AUGUCGAGUGAAGUCCCAAAGGCUACCACUACUUCUCCAUCUUCUGGCCAAAGAGCACCCCUCUUCAUCGUCAUUGGAGCUGGGUCCCGGGGAAAUGCCUACGCACGCGCCGUGAAAACAACCACCGCAGGUGUUGUUCAUGCUGUGGCUGAGCCUCAUGAGUUCAAAAGGCGAGAAUUCGGCCAGAAAUUCAUCUGGGGUGCGGGCAAUUCUCCCCAAGAAGGUCAGGAAUUCGCUGACUGGAGGGAGUGGCUUCGAUGGGAAACGGAGCGCCGCAAAAGGGCUACAGCCCCCAAUGCCCUCCGCGCCGAUGACGAGGACAUGAAGUCGCCGUCCGUGGAGGCUCAACGAUCCAAUCCAGGAGGAGUGGAUGGUGUAUUCAUUUGCACCUUGGACGAGACACACGUGGAGAUUAUCCAAGCGAUUGCCCCGCUGAACCUCCAUAUCCUAUGCGAGAAGCCUCUUGCUCUAUCCUUGAACGACUGUCUGACUGUGUAUCGCACUCUCCAGCCUGCGUCGCCAACGCCUACAGCAGACAGUCAGAAUCAACACUCCGCUGCGCCUCCGCCACAGACUAUCUUCUCCAUCGGCCACGUCCUUCGCUACAGUCCGCACAACACCACUCUCCGCAAACUUCUCCUCACAGACCGUGUCAUUGGAGACAUCGUCUCCCUAGAACACACCGAGCCCGUGGGCUGGUGGCACUUUGCCCACAGCUACGUGCGCGGGAACUGGCGACGCGCCACAUCCCUCGGCGACGGAUCCCUCCUGACCAAAUCCUGCCAUGACAUCGACUUUAUUCUCUGGCUUCUCUGCUCCCCUGCAUCCCUGGAAGAUGCGCGAGUCCAUGGCCAUCAGCCGCAUUUCCCACGUUCCGUCUCCUCAGCCGGCUCGUUGACGCAGUUCCGUCGAGCUAGAAAACCUCCUGGCGCGGGCGACUCAACCACCAACUGUCUCUCCUGCCCCAUUGAGCGCGAAUGCAAUUACAGCGCUGUCAAAAUCUACCAUGAUCGACAUCUGGCGCAGGGUCAUCGCGCCUGGCCCGUCGACAUCGUCUGUCCGGACAUUGAAGACGUUCACCGUACCAAGGGCGCAGACGCCGCUCGCGAGAGCCUAUUCUCGCGUCUCAGCGAAGAUUACACCGUAGGCGAGCAACCGGAUGCCGCGCUCGCCUCCAAACCAUGGUACGGCCGGUGCGUCUACGAAGCCGACAACACCGUCUGCGACGACCAAGUCGUGACUCUUGCCUGGGAUGAUGAACAAGUUGCGCCGUGGCGACUAGCCAAAACGGCCACUUUCCAUAUGGUUGCGCCCACGGAGAGUCAAUGUAAGCGACGGGGGCGGAUCUACGGAACGCAGGGAGAGAUCGAGUACGACAGUUGCAAGAUAUCCGUCUAUGAUUUUCAAACGGGAGAAAGGUCUGUCCUGGAAAUUCCGCGUCCGUCGCCGGAGAGGGCGGAGUCGCAUGGAGGUGGCGAUUAUGGUCUGGCUGGACAGUUUGUUCGUGCGGUGGAUGCAGUGGUGAAUGGGGAGUUGGAUGUUGAGACAGCGCAGGCGCGCUUCAUCGGGUGUACACUUGAGGAAGCGGUGCAGAGUCAUGCCAUGGUGUUUGCGGCAGAGGAGGCAAGACGCGAGGAACGAGUAGUCAGGUGGGAUGAAUGGUGGCAGAGCAAGUUGGAGGAAUCAUCCUGA